AUGCAAGGAGAGUAUUGCCAUGGCUGGUCCGACUCUUACAAGAUCUGGCACAAGGGCUUCCAGUGUCCAGAGCAGUAUGACGGCCAGGAUGCAAAGUACUGCUGUGGGACCUGUGCUCUCCGCUACUGUUGCACGGCUGAGGAGGCGAGGCUGGAUCAGAGCUCCUGUGACCUGGAAGAAGGUUUUGAAUUUGAAAACGAUAACACAAUCAACAUGACACCAACGGUACCCGCCUACUUGCCAUUUGUGAUAGUUGUGAGCACAUUUCUGUCCUUUGUGCUACUUGGUACCAUUGUGUCCAUAUGUUGCUGCCAGUGCCUAAAACCAAAGGCACAGGAUCGUCAAAAUGCAUCAGCACCCUUCCAGAACAGCCUGUUGGAAUCUGGAGGGCCAUCUCCAGAGAGCAUGACUCCAUCUCGCCAGUCUAGUUCUAGCUCAACAGGAAGAUCAACAUUGGCACCCCCAAGACAACCAACCACCUCCACUCCUGGCACUGAUGUCAACCCCCCUGGUCCAUUCUAUCAGCCAUAUCUAAACUAUGGGAUGCCCCCAGAGCACACGUUGCUAAUGGCUCCAUUCAUAGAUAACCGCUCAAUGUACGGACACCAACUGGUCCAUUCCAUCCCUCAGACUCCAAUGCACACAGAACAGUUGUACACAGGUGUCACAAUAUGA